CUCACAUCUGCUUCCAAUUAGCAGUGAUUAGAAGCUUUCCCUUGAUUCUCAGUGGAGGAAAACCAGCAGGUCUACUGGCUCUUGUUAAGUUAUUUCAAACCUACAGUAGUCAGUGACUGUUAAAUCAGCUUUAGUGCUGAUAUCUUACACUCAAUCUCAUGUAUGAAUUUAACAAAUAACUAUUACUUCUUUUUGUAGUUGUUGUUUGAGCUAAUUUACUUGAAGAUGAGUAAAGUUAGUGAAAUGAUUCAGGAAAACAGUGUUUGUAUGCAGUCUGUUGACAUGGACUUGACUUGUCUUCCUCCCGGCAACACGUCCCUGCAACAGACUGAUGCACCCAGUGCAGCUGAACAGCAGACAAUGAGCGUUUAUCUCAGAGUGAGGCCUUUCUCUAAAGAGGAGCUCUCUAACAAUGAGGAUCAGGCUUGUGUUGUGAUUGAAAACAGCCAGACGGUGACACUGAAUGCACCAAAAGGUUCUGCCACCAUCAAGAGCCGUGAGAAAGGAAUUGGCAUGUCACUCCACAAAUUUUAUUUUUCACAGAUUUUUGGGCCUGACACAACACAGGCUGAGCUGUUUGAGAACACAGUCAAAAGCCAAAUGAGUGAUUUCUUGGAUGGGAAGAACGCACUGAUAUUCAGCUAUGGUGUAACCAAUGCUGGGAAAACCUUCACAAUCCAAGGAUCUCCAAAAGAGCCAGGGAUACUGCCUCGAGUGCUGGAAAGCACUUUUCAGUACAUUGGAGAACAUCAGUAUCCGGGAAUGGACCUGAAGCCCUACCUCAGGAAUGGUGUGCAGUCUCUGGAUUUUCACCAAGUAAAGCAGGAAAGAAUCACUAAAGCUGCCAUUUUUGCUUCAUUUAAAGAAGAGUGUGAUUCUCUCAGAGGCAGUGGUUGUCUAGAGUCUUGUUCGCCCAGCCGUCUUUCAUCCUCUUCUGCAUCUUCAACUCAAACGGUGCUGACCAGCAACCAGGCAGAAGCAAAUGACAGCCAGUUUGCCUUAUGGGUGGCUUUCUUUGAAAUCUACAAUGAGUAUGUGUACGAUCUUCUCCAGCCAUCUUUGUGCUCCAAAUCCAAGAAACGUGCCUGUCUCCGUGUAUGCGAUGAUGGAGCUGGAAAUGCUUAUGUUAAAGACCUCAUUUGGAUCAACAUUCAUAACCUGGGUGAAGCCUCCAAGCUGCUACACUUUGGGAAUAAAAACAGAAGUGCUGCAGCCACAAAGAUGAACCACUCAUCUAGCCGAAGCCACAGCAUAUUUACAAUGAAGAUACUGAGGAUCAAUGGAGGGACAGCUGAAAGGGUCUCUGAGUUCUCUCUCUGUGAUCUGGCCGGCUCAGAAAGAUGCAACAAAACAAAGACUUUUGGAGAGAGGCUUAAGGAGGCGGGUAACAUUAAUAAUUCCCUGCUUAUUUUGGGGAAGUGUAUCACUGCGCUCCGCAACAGUGGGCCUGACAGAACGAGGAGCAUCCCCUUCCGAGAAAGCAAGCUCACCAAGCUGUUCCAGGCUUUCUUCUGCGGGAAGGGAAGACCCUCCAUGAUUGUCAACAUUAACCAGUGUGCUUCCACCUAUGACGAGACUCUCCAUGUCAUGAAGUUCUCAGCUGUUGCCAAACAGGUGGUGCAGGUGAUCCCAGAUAAGGCUCUAGAAUCUCUGGCUCCUCGUCUCGUAGGUCAUGAUGGCAAGCCCCUGCUGAGCAACGGGGUGUUUGACAGCAACGUCCUGGAGAGUUACCUGUCUGAAGAUGAGCUGCUUGAUGAAGAAGAGGAGGCUGACAUGUCUUUGUUGCCACAGAGUGAACUUUUGAAUGUGGUUGAGAACUUAAGAACAAAGCUACUGGCUGAGCGAAGAAAAAACCUGCUGCAAGAAAUCGAAAUUCGCAAAGAAAUGGGAGACGCCAUGUUGCAGCAGCUGAUGGAAAGUGAAGAACUCCGCAAUCGUCAGAUCGAAGAGCUGAAGGAGAGCUACCGGGAUAAACUGGAAAACACAUUUGAGAUGUACAAGGAUGCUAUUAAAGAACAUGCUUAUCACAGCGCUAUGACCAAUCUGGAGGAUAACUAUGUACCGCUCGAUGAGUUCACUGCAGAACAGGAGAAAGUGGAGGCCCUCAGGCGUAAAGUGUCAGAGUUGGAGGCCUUGACUUCGAGGACCGGUGUAGUUCCUGCUGCUCCAACCGUGGAUCAAUCGAGCCAGACUGAACCACUGAGUAUAUGGGCAGGAGAAGCAGGAGAUGAUCGAUACAGGUGCCUACACAGAGAGAAAUGUGCCAUAGAGCGGAUGUGUGAGGAUAAACAACAGCUAAUUUUGUCGCUGGAGAAAAGGCUGAUGGAGCUUAAUGAAACGCUACAGAAGGUCAGAGAUGGUUUUAUGGAGAAAUCAGCUGAUCUUGAGGCUCUGCAGAGGACUGCUGAUGAUCAGAAAAAAUCCAUGGAAGAGAUCCUACAGCAAAAUGUGGAAAAAGACAAGGAGAUUGUCUCGCUGAAGGCAGAAGUUGCCAAGCUCUCCCAGAAGUCCCCUGUGCAAGCAAAGACAAAGCGAGGCCUUCUCGCCAACAUCAGGGAGGCUGUCACAUCACCACGGAAGGGAACGUCUGCCCGAACACUGAGGAAAACGGGCAAGACUGUACACCAUUGAAAGCCCAGUUGUUGUACAACAACUGCACUCACCCGGUUAGUGCAUGAAAAUGUCCUCCUUUCAACUGAGGAAAAUUGAAUUUGGUUUUUAAGAACUUCCUUCGGAUUUGAAGAAAAUCCCCUUUAACUGAGAAUGAAAUGUGUAUUUUUGUGUGCGUGUCUUGUGCUAUAGUUUGUUUGUU